GUGAGGUUGGGCAGGAUGUGACGUUUGGGUCAGAGGUAAUUUUGACGUCUGUGUAGUGCUUUGGCGCCAGCUAUUUCGCGGGGCGAGAGAAAAACAAGGCGCAUUGCAAUUGUGGUUAAGCAAGGCCGUGUGUUGUUAAAUACAACAGGCCGAAGUGCAGCACUCCAAACGCCGACAAUUCGAAGAAGACGGCCGGCCUUAUUGUUACUUGUUUCGCGAGUAACGAUGAUGGCAUCGGCGGAGCCUCCGAGCAGCUUCAGCAUUGUCCCCCUGCUGGAGUGUCUGGAGGACAGCACCGCUGGACGCUCUGAGCAGACUGACGCCUACCUCACCAUUGCCAAUCGGCUCAGUGGAGACAAAGGCCGCCAGUUUCUCCUUGUUGUCACUAAGCACUUUUCCCGCUUGGGUAGCGCCAUCCUGACUCAUGUAAGCAGUCCACAUGCUGAGCUGAGCCAAGCAGCCCUACAAGCUUUGGGCUUUUGUGUCUACCAUUCGGACGUUGUCUCUGGAGUGUCAGAAACUUUAAACACUGAAAUCCUGUCUGCACUUUGCUCUGUGGUCUCCAAGUGUGUGGAGAAGAAUACCUGCACCAGAGCCUUGUGGGUCAUUUCCAAACAGAGCUUCCCCGCCAACAUGGUGGACAAAAAGGUGGGGUCCAUACUGAGCACGCUGGAGAGGGUUUUGAGCAAAGGUGAAGUUCAAUCUGUCUUCAUGGAGCAUGAAGCCAUAAAUGUCAUCAUCAGGCUGCUGGAGCAGGUUCCAGCUCAGAUGGGAGAGUGGGCCGUGUGCUGGGCCAAACUCGUAAUCCCCCUGGUGGUGCACUCAACCUCCAAGGUGCGUUUGCGGGCGGCAGCUGCCAUGGAAAUGGGCCUGCCUUUAUUGCUGCAAAAACAGAUGGAAGUGGCUGCCAUCAUUGAACCCUUGAUGUCCACGAAACUGAUUCCAGAGCUGCAAAAGCUUUUUAUGUCCAAAAAUGAAAUGAAUGUCCUCAAGCUCUGGCCAUUAUUUGUCAAAUUACUUGGGAAGCUGCUCCAUCGAGGAGGGCCCUUUAUCAACUCGCUGCUCCAUCUGGAAGAGCUCGGCUUUCGUUGCUCCUCUCCCACUGUCAAGAAAAUUGCCUUUAUCGCCUGGAAGAGUUUGAUCGAUAACUUUGCUCUCAAUCCAGACAUUCUUUGCAGUGCAAAGCGGAUGAAACUUCUCAUGCAGCCCCUCGUGUCAAUCAAUAUCCGGACAGAAGCGCUAUUGCUUACCAAGGUGGAGGUGUGGUGGUAUCUAGUGGUCCAACUCGGGCCGAACCUGUCGCCCCACUUUGAUCUGGUGUCACUCCCUUUGCUACAGUGCACCAUUGGAUCUGAAGCUGCCUCAGCCCCUGCCCACCCUGCCAGAGGUCAAAAUGGCAUUGCAGCACCCGGCACACCUAAAUCCACAGUGCCGUUGAGCAUUAAAAGCCUGACACCCAACUCAUCACUAAUGAACUUGAACUCCAGCAUGCAGCUCCCCUCUUCCUUCCCCUCCAUCCAGUUGUUGGGCCUAGAAAUGUUGCUUCACUACUUUUUGGGGCCUGAGGUGGUCGCCGCAGCGACUAAGAACAAGCUGGUCCUUACUCUCGAGCCUUUGACGCAUCCUCUGUUGAAUGGUGCCUCCUCCUUCAGCAAGCAUGCUGCUGUGCUUAUCUCCAAUAUCAAAGACGGCUUCAACAACCUUGGAAAAGAGGUGCCAGAUGCUCUUUUGGCACUUUUAUGGGAUCAUCUUGUCCAUUUUGUCUCACUAACAAUUGAGACUGGAAGUAAGAAGGAUCGACAUGGCUGUGAGGUUCUGACACUGGCACUUCAAGCCCUGAAGAACAUGGUCUACUCUGAAUCUCUUCCUCCAGACAAAGUGCUGAUUCUCUUCGAAAGCACUGUCAAAGGCAUCUCCCCACGAGUUCUCGGCUCUGCCUCAUACCAAGUGGGCAGGAUGGAUGUGCUGAAUGGAACGCCAGCACUCUUCCUUAUUCUGCUCCUCUUUGACAGCAGCAUGCUAACGGCCUACGUCGAAGACGCCAGGUUUUAUCAGUGCCUUCAGACGCUGGUGAGCUCUAGCCUGUCGGGCCCCACCUCCCCCCUGGCAUUCGCCGAGGCCGUGUUGGGUGCUGUUGGCCGCAGCGCUGCCUCAGUGCACAAGGAGCACCUGCUCAGGAUUUGGAGUGUUGUGGUUGCUCAGCUCACCGACACAAUCAUGCAGACAAAUGAGGUCAACCAAGGGGAUGCCUUGGAGCAUAACUUUAAUGCGAUGCAUGUAGCCCUGAUGUUCCCUGUCACUCACCUGUUGGGUGGCUGGCCUCAGCAACAGGCCGCUCAGAAGUCCAUGUUGUCUACUUGGUCAAAACUGUACAAGGUCUUCGCACGCUGUUCGGCACUUGUAGUUACUGCCGAGGAGAACGUCUGCUGUGAGGAGCUGUGCGUCAAAAUGGCAGCCACUGUGGAUCGGAAUUUUCUUACAGUUCCAUUGACGUUGACAGCUUUUGCCUCCAUCCUUCAAGUCAUGAUGGAAUGUGUGGACUUCUCUCCUUACAUACCACAGUUCCAACAGAAACUCAAAUCUCCACACACUCCAAUAAACUGGAGCAGGAAGAGAAACAGGGCCCUUGGGAACCUGUCCACCUUACAGUCCCUGUUGGUUCAGUGUCUGGAUAUUUAUUUGGCAGGGGAAGACAUUCCUUCAGAGGCCACGGGCAUGGCACUGCUCUCGGCUUUGUCUCUAAUCUUUACCAACCUGGUGAUAGCUAAUGCUGUAAAAGAGACUCUGACCUCCCUAAUCCCACCUCUUUCAAGCCUCUACAAGCAAGCAGCCAGCGAGCAGCCUAGAUUUACGACAGCAAUUCUUUCCAAGAUGGAGAGACUUCUGGGUGAGGUCUUUUGCUGCAUUCAAAACUGCUCCACCUUGGCCACUGACAAUGAACUCCUGGCUCUGCUUUCACCGCUACUUUCUGUGCUGUUCCCACAUAAGAAUAAGCAGCACCGCAAAGCUGUCACCUACUUCUGGAAUUCCACCUUUGCUAAAGCAGUUGGCCUGAUCUAUCCAGCUGAGCUCAGACCAGUUCUGAGCAAAGUGAAGCAAAAGACUCCCAUCAUUCUUCCUGGCUUUGAAGCUGUCAGUGUUGCUGAUGAGCUCAGUGGACAGUAUUCUAGUGAGAGUUCACAGUUAGAAACCAAACUCAGUGGUGUGAUAGUUGCCUCUACUGGAAAGAGAGACUCUUUGCUGCUGAAGACUGCUGAGCUGAGUGACCAAAACUCCUCGAGGACUAAAGUGGUUUCUACAAAACUGGACUUUGGGUCCCCCAAACUUCCUCGCAGGGAGAUGUUGGACGAGGAAGCCUCUGUUGACUUUGUCUUCAUUCCACCUGAAGCAAAAGAGAGAGUUUUAACAGAACACCAGAAGGAGGUUAAAAGGACCAAAAGGGUUGACAUACCUGCCAUGUACAACAACCUGGAUGCCUCUUUGGAUACUACGAGUUUCGCACAGUACACACAAAGCCAAGAAGACUCCUUGAGAAAAAUACCAAUUGAAGUACCUGAUCAAAUUUCCACAGAGUUUCCAGUCGAGAAUCCUCAGGCGCCUUUGUCAAAAGAGGUUGCAGAAUUUCACACGGAGGCAACUCACAACUUCGCAAGUCCGAAAGCCUUAGAAAAUGAGUCAUCGAAAGAAGAGCAGGAGAUUAUACCAGAGUCAAGCCCAAAAACCUUUGAAAAUAUGUCAGUGAAAGAAGAUCAGGAAAUUGUACCAGAGUCAAGGCCGAAAGCCUUAGAAAAUGAGUCAUCGAAAGAAGAGCAGGAAAUUAUACCAGAGUCUAGGCCAAGAGCCUUAGAAAAUGAGUCAGCAAAAAAAGAGCACAAAAUUAUACCAGCGUCAAUCCCGGAAGCCUUUGAAAAUGAGUCGGUAAAAGAGAAGCGGGAAGUUAUACCAGUGUCAAGCCCGAAAACCUUAGAAAAUGAAUCGGCAAAGGGAGAGCAAGAAAUUGUACCAGAGUCAAACAGUGUUUCAAUGGAGGAAGAUGCCAUAAAAAAGGGCGGUGUAGAAGACAUGGAUGCACAACCUGAAAAAAACAUCAGUCCUAACAGAUCAUGCGCUUCAGAUUUAAUCUCUGGCACCGCCCAAAAGUCCAGUGGUGGUAGCCGCCGUCAAUCCUUCAUUACACUGGAGAAAUAUACUGAGGUAAAGCAGAUGACCCCUAGCACGACUUCAUCGUUCACAGGUCCCCUCGUGAAGCCCUCUGGUAGCCAGGACUUAAACACCCCCUCCUCCGUCACUUCCCUAGAACCCUUUGAUCGAAAUUCUCAGCCGUCUGAGCAGGAACUGUCUGAGUGUCCAGUGAACAACCUCCAAGAGUCACCACAAAGGCCCAAAAUGGACAGUGAGUGGAUAGUUGAGCCUUUAAGGCUGACUGAAAAGCAUACAAGUAAUGAAAAAGAUGAUAUUGAUGAUGAUGAUGAUGUCAUCCCAGACACACAGACUGAAGGUGUGUUCAUGGAGAAUACCACACUGACAUAUACUUCAGAAGACAUGAGAAACUCAGAUCGAGAGGGAUCCUUUCAAGAGACUAUGGAUGUUUCGCAGUCAUCCAAGAUUUUGAUUUCAUCAGGUGAACGGAAACACCGCAAACAAGCCAAACAUAUAUUCCAAGGAGAAAGUCCAGUUGAUUCAAGCACACCACAGAACAGACCGAAUACAAGAAGCAAGGUGGCCAGUGAAGAGGACAGUGGUAGAAUACGACUGAGGUCACAGCGUGACAGGCGUCACGCAAGUCAAACUAAGCCUCCAGUUCGAUCACACAGGAAGGUCAAGCUGUACAGCAGGUCAGGGAAUUUCCUCCAUGAAUCUGAAAACCAAAGAAGCAUCAGAGCUCAAGAGUCAAGUCAAACGGAUUUUCUCUCUGAAUCUCAAAGGCAGUCACACUCAAAACGUGGCCGACCUAGAAAAUCCUUGCCGGAGACCAGUGAAGAUCCAACGAAGCUUAAGAAAACGUCUAGUCAAACGGACUUAAAAUCAGUCGCCCAGUCAGAUUUUGAAAACCACUCUCACCAAAGGCACAGCUGGCCUACCAAAUCCCGAAAGGAGCUCAAGAAGCCAAAGACUCUAUCUGAGGCUAUGGGUAGUCAAUAUCAUCUGAAAUCGGACAUUAACUCUGAUUUUGAAAGCCACUCACGGCGGAAACAAGGUCGACCUCCCAAAUCUUUAACGAACCCUAAAGAGGAACUUCUCAAGGAACAGCCCGAGAAACUAUCCAGUCAAGUGUACAUAUAUCCAGACACUCAGGCUGAUUCUGAAGGUAACUUACAGCAAAAAGGCAGCCAGGAUACCAGUUGUUUACAAGACCUCAAAAGGGUUGCUCUUAAACCUGACUUGUCAAAAAAAAUGCCCAGUCAAAAAGAUGUAAACCAAUUGGACUCUUUGGUUGAUUCACAACAAAAUAGUGGCCGACUCUCCAGAUCCUUAUUGGAGUCUAAAGAGGAGGAUCUUCAGAUGUCUGAACAAAAAUUCAGUCACACAGACACUCUGAAAUCAGAUGCUCAACAUGACCUGCCUCCCAAAUCCCUAGAGGACAAGGAGGAGGAGUUUAUGAGUCCAGAAAUUAUGUCUGGGAAAGUAUCCAGUAAAACAGACUUCCAAUCAGACUCUCGGUAUGAUACUGUAAGUCAGACACAACGGAGGAGUAGCAGAAUUUCCAAAUCCCUCUCCGAAUCUGAGGUUAUUCAGACAGAAUCAAUGUUAAGUCAGACAGAUACACAGUCGGACACGGGGUCUGAUACUACCAGCCAGACCCAGCGAAAACGUGGCAGACCUUCAAAAUUGAAGCAGAUUAUGGAGGGCAGUCAUUCCCAUCCACAGGGUUUAAAAAAAGAUGGAGAACCAAGCCAAACUGCUAUGCUUCAGCUACCUGACCAAAUAAUAAAGGAUGAAAAAAUGUCAGUUUAUGAAAAUCGUAGCCAGUCUCAAGAAAUUGAAGUUAUAGAACACAGUGAAAAAGAGGAAAAAUAUCCUCAGACUAUUUUAACUAUAGAUGCAGUCCAAGAUGGGAUUAGCACUCCAGGCUGCAUGUUUAGCAAGAUGGAGGACACAGAAAAAGGUGAGCCUGAAACUUGUCAAAAGUCACAGGAGAUCAUGCAAAACGCCACUGAAAGUCAGUCUCUCCAAAGACGUAGACGAAGUAAGACCUUUUCAGAGGCAGCAGAGGAUAAGACUGUACCAAAUGUCUUGUCCAGAAAGCUGAGUAAAUCUCAUUCUCAAGAAUAUAGUCCAGCAAAGACCAGAGAAGACAAUCGUACAAGAAGGCGCAACCUAGACAGUCAAUGUUGUCCUAUUUCCACUCCAGAAAAUGCUCAGUCUUUGGAUGUUACAGUGUCCACAGUGUCUUCUCAUGGCAGAAAAUUAGGACGAAGAUCUUCCAAAGUUUUGACAGGCAACACAGAGUCAUUACAGUCUGAAUUGUCAGGGGCCAAACAAAAAUCUUCCCUGCCUGCAAAGAGAAGGAAUUCCCAGGGGACAUCAAGUUCUCUCACUUGCAAGUCUGACAAGAUUGAUUGUAUUGUCACAAAGAAGAUUUUGACAGAUUCAGAAAUGUCAGAACCUUCUCAAUUACUGGAUGAUUCUCUCAAAAGCCAAGAUUCCCCAGUUUUUGAACCACUGCACAAGUCUGAUAACUCCGAAGAAAGAAAAAUUGAUGUCUCCACUGCUGGAGCACUGGAACCUUUUCAAGAAAAACCUGAUCCUGAAAUUGCAAAGAACCAGAUGUCUUUCAGCUCUUUAUCUAGCAAGAAGCUGGAUAGGAAGCAAAUAUGUCAGACUAAAACAAAUUCUCUUUCACAAGAUAGUGACAUCCGGGACUUGGACUUAGCUGAAAUGUCACAAUCAGAAGGGACUAUUGGUGAGCAGAGUCAGAAGGUCUCGUCUUCUGAGGCAUUUGCUGUAGGCCCACAGACUCCACUUGAGGUGGCAGACGAGAAGCUGCAGGUCUCAGACUCCUCACCAGAUUGGACUACACCUACAGUGGUUGGACUUACAGAAGACUGUAUUUCUGUCAAAGAAGAGGAGACAGUUGUUUCAGUGAACAAAACUCUGUGUUCAGAUUCAGAGAGUUCUAGCGUAGUAGAUGAGCAUACAAAGGCUGCAGAAAUUUCUUCUGCCAAUGUUGAAGAGAAAUCACACCAGUUCUUAGAAGGCCUCACACCUCUGCAUGAGGGCAUUAAAGAUAAAAAUGUACCUUUAAAGGAAUGCCAGAAUGUAGAGAGAACCCAUAUGUCAAGCACACAUGACCAUCCAGAAGCUACUCAAAGUGAUGUUUGUACCACCGAAUCAACAAGGACCACUAUCUCCCAGGAUUCUCCAACCAAGCUGAAAGACUUGGAGGCUGAGUUGAUGCCAGACAUGGUACAGAGCCCGUGCAAUGACAGGACCAAAGGAAACUGGUCACCUUCAGCCUCCCCCUCAACUAGCAUUCUCAAAAAAUGCCAAAAAAGACCUCUGGAGGAGGAGACUCCCUCUCCUCUCAUUAAGUUGAGGCGAGUUUCUUUUGCUAAUCCCAUUCAACAGCAGGAGAUUGCUGAUGACAUUGAUCGCCGUAGUCCUGCUGUCAGAACAAGCUCCCCGAGAAGAGCCAAAAUUGGCAAUCUUCCACAGCCUAAGUUUGUUACGACGCCAACGAAGGGGCCCUUGACCAUAAGUCCCAGGAAUCUUUACAGUCCAAAUUUUAAGAGUUCCAAGAAAUGCCUGAUUUCUGAGAUGAGCCAGGAGCCUCGCCCGGUUUCCAAAGAUUGCAUUUACCCUGCCUUGGUUGGUUGUGCUGCACCCGUCGACCUGAUCCUGCCUCAGAUAUCAUCUAGCAUUUGGUCCCGUGGUUUUGGGCAGCUUGUGCGAGCGCGUAACAUCAAAACGGUCGGUGACCUCAGCGCUCUGACGCCAAAGGAAAUCAAGACUCUCCCCAUUCACCCACCAAAGAUCUCCAAUGUCAAGAAAGCCCUCAAAACCUUUGAGCAACAGCGGAAAGGCAAAGGUGAAGAUGAGCUGAAGAGUUUCAUGGAGAUGGAAAUUAUGACGUCUAAGCCGGAAGAGACGUGCGCAACGCCAGAGGAGAAGCCCGGUGACAUGUUAGCCACGGAGUUUACUUCUGAGCCUGUCCUUGCCAACCUGGAGGAAGAGCGCGGCGAGGCGACAUCGGAGUUGAGCGUGUCCGGCUCACCCCAAAGCCCAUUGGGGAAUCCCGGGGGGCUCCUGGCCCGACUGGAUGCCCUCCACCGUGCUGUAACUCCACCCCAUCUGAGCAGCUGCUCGCCUCAGCAGCUCUUCAACAUCCACGAGCACCUGUCAGUUCUGAUGAGGCGAGUCAUGUAUGAGAUGCAGAGCCGCCUCGCCCACGUCAACGAGCACCCCUGAACGCAUUGAACUGUGGAAACCCCCCACCCCCAAUUUUUUGGGGGGGAGCGUCAUAAAUUUUGCAAAGGACAAGCGGCUUCAAAAAUUGAUGAUUUUAUUCACUCAUUCUUUUAACUGAAUUAGCAUCGUCAAUGCAAACAGCUUGAACUGAGACGUAUUCCAGUUGGACAUGCACCUCAUUCCCUACGUGCCUGUUUGUAGAAUGUUUACAACGUGUACAUUUUGUAGAAACAUUUUAGAAUUGCUCAAGGAAAUGCCACAUGCACGCAAUAGUUUGCAUGUUUUUAUUUGUAAUGUUAAGUACUUCAAAUAAAAAGAUUAGAGUGAA